AUGGACGAUUCACCAAGUUCGGUGGAUAUAGAAAUUGACGAUGAUGUAGAUAUUAACGAACAGGUAAGUGAACAAGAACUGGAAUCUCAUGAUAGUUAUUCCCAAGAAAUGCAUCUGGAGCUCGAUGAUGACGUUGAAAUCGUAGAAGAGCGAGAAGUACAAGAAGAAAUAGCAGAGCCAGAACCCCGAAUAGGUUCCAAUGAAGAGGAAAAUGGUAUAGAAGAAGCAACAACUAAUGAUGAAGUAGACGAGGUUUUGACUUUGGAUGAAAAUGUUGAGAAUAUCGAAAGCGAUAUGGAAGACGACAAGCUGAAGUCUGAUUCAAUCGAAGAAGUGUCUCCAGAGCCUAACGGGACAGAUUACAAUGAAGAGGGGGAAGGGGAAGAGGCGGAUAGUGGAGAAGAAAAAGAAGCAGAAGAAAGAGAAGAAAUAGAAGAAGGAGAGAAUGAAGAAGAACUGGUCGUCGAAAAAGAAGGCACAGACAGGACGUAUAGAGAGGAUUUUGAAGAAGAUGAAGCAGAAGCGUCUGGAGCAGAAUCGGGACCAAUUAAUGAAACAAAUGAAUAUUCAGAUGUGGAAGAAAAUGAAAAUCUAGAGGAGGAGCUAGACGCCGAAGAAGAACGAGAAAAAGAAGAAAAUGAAGGAGAAGAUGAGGAAGAACGAGAUGUAUCGGACGAUCCACAGGGAAACGAUCCCGAAUACAAGGAAGAUCCACACGAGGAGCAUGACUAUAAUCAGAUAAACGAACCCUCCAAUCCAAAUUCACCUUCGCUUUCUAAAGAAGAUUACGCGACUUUGGUCAACGAAGACAACCGUAUAGUGACCAAAGACGAAGACCAACCAACUGUGCCCAUAAUAAUUGAUGUUGCAGACACGGAGUUUCUAUUGGUACCAUUCAAAGCAGAAAAUUCGUCCAUAGACGUAUCUCUUCUUGUACCAUUAUUCGAUUCUAGCAGUGUGUUGGAACUACCUAUUGAAGAGUUUUUUGGACUAAUGAGACAUAAUGAGGACUUGAAUGAAAUCUACAACUUUUCUGUCGACGAAGAACUUGUGUUACUGUUUCCCCAGUUUGAUGGACUUCACUUGACUGAAGAUAAUGUGUAUUCAAGAGAAGUAACCUUCAACGAUUUCUUAUCGACAUUCGAAAGGUUAGCUGAAAAUACUGUAUCGGAAAAACCGUUGUCCAUGGCAUGCACAUUGACAUCGCAAACCAGAUUUAUCACCAAGUUCAAUGGACUUGCAGAACUCAUACGAGAGAAGAAAGGCUUCGAAUCGAUUAUGAAACAUUCUCCUGAAAAACGCCCAGCAGAAUCACCUACUAGUGCCAAGAAACGCCAAAGGCUAUCUAUAGAUUAG